AUGUCAGCAUUCAAGAUCCCACUUUUCAAAAUGAAGGACCUGAUAUUGAUCUUAUGCCUCCUGGAAAUGAGUUCUGCAGUGCCGGUGUUUCCUCAGCAACCUGGGACACCGGGCAUGGCUAGUUUGAGCCUGGAGACAAUGAGACAGCUGGGAAGUUUGCAGGGAUUAAACAUGCUUUCUCAGUAUUCAAGAUUUGGUUUUGGAAAAUCAUUUAAUUCUUUGUGGAUGCAUGGUCUCCUCCCACCACAUUCUUCUUUCCCGUGGAUGAGACCAAGGGAACAUGAAACUCAACAGUAUGAAUAUUCUUUGCCUGUGCAUCCCCCACCUCUCCCAUCACAGCCAUCCCUGCAGCCUCAACAGCCAGGACAGAAACCUUUCCUCCAGUCUGCUCUUAUAACCGACAUCCAGGACACCGCCCAGAAGGGAGGAACCCAGCCUCCAGUUUACCAGGGACAACUGCCCUUGCAGCAAGCAGAGGGGCCAAUGCUUGAACAGCAGGUGGCACCAUCAGAGAAGCCACCAAAGGCCGAGCUACCAGGAAUGGAUUUUGCUGAUACACAAGGUCCAUCGUUGUUCCAAAUAGCCCGUCUGAUAUCUCAGGGACCAAUGCCACAAAAUAAACCAUCGCCGCUUUAUCCGGGAAUAUUUUACAUGUCCUAUGGAGCAAAUCAAUUGAACGCUCCUGCCAGACUUGGCAUCAUGAGUUCAGAAGAAAUGGCGGGAGGCAGAGGAGGCCCCAUGGCCUAUGGAGCCAUGUUCCCAGGAUUUGGAGGCAUGAGACCUAACCUUGGAGGGAUGCCCCCCAGUCCAGCCAUGGGCGGGGACUUCACUCUGGAAUUUGACUCCCCAGUCGCUGGAACCAAAGGCCCUGAGAAGGGGGAAGGAGGUGCACAAGGCUCGCCUAUGCCUGCUAUUGACCCAGCCGAUCCGGAAAACCCAGCUCUCCUUACAGAGGUAUCACCUGGUGCCCUGGGAGGACUUCUUGCUCAUCCAAAGGGCAACGACCCCAGCCUGGCAAGAGGCCCAGCAGGGCAGAGCGGGGGACCCCCCAGGGUCACCCCAGCAGACACUGACCCACUGAUGACCCCUGGAUUAGCUGAUAUUUAUGAGACCUACGGUGCUGAUGUGACCACACCCCUGGAAGAAACACCCACGGAUACUACAGCGAUUCCAGACACUCAGCAAACAUUGAUGCCAGAAAACAAGGCUCAGCAGCCCCAGAUUAUGCACGAUGUGUGGCAUUUCCAAGAGCCCUGA